AGCCAGUCAGUUUUGUUCAUGGUCCCCAGAAUACUGUUAGAUAUAAAAAAAAAUAAGGACCGCCCGCUUUCACUUCACUUUCAUCUAUCACUAAAGUAAAACCCCUUCCUCCUUCUCUUCUUUCUUCCUUUGUCUUUUAAACUUUUCCUCUUUUAAAUAAUCAAUUCUCCAAUGCUGUCAACGAGCGAGCAUUCACUUCAAUGUGAUAGUGCCACUGCCACAACUACAACGUCAUUACUAUCCCCGCCCUUGACCCCUACUAGUGACAAUCAAUCGAUGCCUGAAGACCGACUACCAUGGUCUGUUGACAAGAAAGGAAUGAAAGUCCAUGAUCAUUAUAAUGCCAUGUCUCCCCCUGACUUCUACGCAAGAAAAGGGCGUAAUAAAUCCCUCAUCCGAUAUGAGCAAGCUAUGGCAUUGCCUGAAUUUGAUUUACCAGCACCUGAACACGAAUUGAUUCAAUGCGAUCAGUUCAUUACGCAACGAUCGUUCCAACAGCCAGCAGCUCCAUGGAUGAAUCAUCGAAAAUCUACAAAACCAAGAAGGUCUUUGCAAUCCGAUCAAAGAGCGGAUCAAAAGAUUUUUCAACUCAGAGUCUAUGACACCAGUCCAUCCGACCUACUUGAAUAUUCUAGCCGGGUUAUCCAACCGCCGGUAGUGAAGUCUAAGUCGGAAUCCCCAGAUCAUUAUGGUACCAGCAGCGAUGACGAACAAACCAUUCAAUUCAAGCGAAGGCGUGCUUUAUCUGACGCAUCCGAAUCCGCUGCCACCAAAAAAUGUAAAACUGAUGCUGCUAUGGCAUUCGACCGAGUGAACGUGGAAGAAUCAGAUGAUCAAUUCUUUGAAUCUGGAUGGAUACCCAACUAUCAAGUUUUUGAUCAGCGGCCGGUCCGUGUCGUUUGGAAAGGAUCCCCACUCCAAAUUGGCCACAUGCCAUAUUUCCAAAAGUUACAUCAGGGUGAAGUGAACAUUGCUUCUACUCUACGAUUGACUCCGGAACAAUAUAUCAAAUGCAAGAGAACCUUGAUACAGGCUGCAUCAAAAUACGAAAGUCAAGGAAUCCCAUUCAGGAAGUCAGAUGCCCAAAAGUUAUGCCGAGUCGACGUCAACAAGACUUCCACACUUUGGAGCAUCUUUGGAAAACUGGGCUGGAUGGGCGAUGGCUGCAUUAACUAAUAUUAGUGGCUGACUUGCUUGCGAUGCCUCUUUUUUUUUUUUGGCCAUGCUCCUUAAAUCAUCGGAAGAGAUAUCCAUCAAAAAGAAGGCAUUCUACACUGAGCUAUCAUUUUGAGAGCGCUCUCUAUUCGCUUUUGUACAUAAUAUCAAUCUCAUUCAUGAACAUUUUGAUAAAGAUCUUGUAAAACGUCAUUUUGUUGGGGUCCAUUAGAAGUCCAUUUUCCUCUCAUUGCUUUCCCGAAAUGUUUG